GGAAAGAGGAUUAGAAAGGCAGUUCCAGAACACACCACGGGCUUCAGCAAGGGUGUGCCACAGCAGGACGCCCCUAUUGCAACCUAAAGGGCAAGGGAAGGGGAGAAGGCUUCCAAGCUCUGUCCCCAGUACGGAAAAUGAAAGGCCAGCAGCAACCCUGGGAGAUGACAUGUGUGUCCAGGUAGUCAAGAAAGGGAGAUACCCUGAGGAAGACGCGGAGGAGCUUGGGAAGGGCCAGAGCACACCCACGUGCUUGAGCCUGUGACCUGCUCCUGGGGGAGCAGCCAUGGAGGAAACCUACCUGCUGAAUGUGGAAGGGGUCAGAAAGAAGAUUCUGCAUGGAGGCCAAGGGGAGUUGCCAAAGUUGCAGGAUGGGAGCAAGAUCACCUUCCACUUCCAGACUCUGAAGGAUGACUUUGAGCGGACGGUGAUCGACGACAGCCGGGAAGCUGGCAUCCCCAUGGAGAUCAUCGUGGGCAAGAUGUUCAAGCUGGAGAUCUGGGAGACGCUGCUCAGCUCCAUGAGAGUCGGGGAGGUGGCCGAGUUCUGGUGCGACGCCAUCCACACAGGCAUGUAUGCCCUGGUCUCCAGGGGCAUGCGGAGGAUUGCAGAGGGCCAGGAUCCCCUGGAAGGGCAGAAGCACCGCUGUGGCAUGGGCAGCAUGUUUGACUACCACAGCACGGGUUAUGACGACCUGGAUGAGCUGCAGCGAACGCCACAGCCCCUCAUCUUCAUCAUGGAGUUGUUCCGGGUGGAGGAGCCCUCGGCGUACAAACGUGACACCUGGGCCAUGAACAAGGAGGAGAAGCUGGCAGCAGUGCCUGUGCUGCACAGCGAGGGCAACCGCCUCGUCCUCCGCAAGGAGUUUGGGCAGGCAGCGGCAAAGUACCAGGAGGCUGUCAUCUGCCUGAGGAAUCUCCAGGCCAAGGAGAAGCCGUGGGAGGAUGGCUGGCUGAAGCUGGAGAGCCUGGUCACGCCGCUGGUGCUCAACUACUGCCAGUGCCAGAUGGAGCUGGGCGAGUACUACGAGGUGCUGGAGCACACAACAGAGCUCCUCCAGAAACACAAAGGUACCCCACCCGCCCACUGUGCCCAUGACCCCCAUGGACUUUGUCCUCUGGGUCCCCCAUCCAUGACAACGCUCAUCCCACAUCCCUCUGUCUGUGCUGACUCAGGUCAUCUGCAUCCCCAUGUCCACUGCAGAACCUGUGUCCCAGAUCCUUGGUUUCCCCUGCCCAUGAUGGCACCUGUACCCGGUGUCCUCUAGGUCCUCCUGGCCCCGGUGUUGUCCCGCAUCAUCCAGAUCCCCCUGCCCACCAUGGUUCUCCUUGCCCAUGAUGAUCCCUGCACACCAUGUCCCCUGGUGCCCACAGUGGUAUGUGCAUGGCCCAGGUCCCCCUGCCCAUGACAGUACCCCUUACCUACAAGGGUGUUCACCCCAUGUUCCCCUGCCUGUGAUGAUACUUGCACUCUGCGUCCCCGGGGUUCCCAGGGUCUCCAGCUCCUGUGGCUGGUGGCCCUGAGUUGCAGGACCCCCGCUGGGGCUCUCCUCUCC